AUGGGCUCCAACGGGGGAAGACCAAUGAAGAUAUCUCUUGUUCCGCUCCCCAAAGGUUCCGUCCUGUUACCUGGCGCAACACUCCGAAUCCCAGUCUCAAACCGACCAGACCUUGCCAACCUGCUUUCUUCGCUUCUCGACCGGACGAAUGCCACCAAGCGGGAUGCGAACUCGAUAACCUUUGGCUGCAUUCCUCUGUGCUCGCCCUACUUGAGCAAGGAUGGUCAACACGUCAUUGACAAUGGUGCUGUUGACGAAGACAAGAAAGACGAAUUCGAAUCUUUUGAUGCCGGUCAAGCGAGAAAGGAGGACCUUUUCCGAUACGGUACCCUCGGUAAAGUCAUCGGAGUUCAACGACGCGCCUAUUCGGAGCCGCAUCUACUAGUUCAAGGCGUUCAGCGCCUCACAGUCAGGCGCGUGCUUAAGGAGCGCCCGUUCUUCGAAGCAGAGUGCAUUCUUUAUGAUGAAAUAGAGGCAUCUCCGAACGACAGAGAAAGCGCAGAACUCUUCCAGCAAUUAAGACAACUUUCCCGAGAACUGCUCACCCUUUUAAAAUAUACCUCAUUGAUACCUAAUACAGGAGGUCCUCGCUUGUCGCCUCUAAUUGCUCGUAAAUUUGAGUUGAUUAUUACGAAGUCUGACCUGUCGCAGGCAGGAAGGCUUGCAGAUGUCAUGGCUGAUAUUGCAGAGACUGGCCUUGAGGACAAGCUUCGUGUCCUUGCAGCUUUCGACAUCAAGACUAGAUUGGAAAGAGUGGUUGAUAUCCUAACCAAGCAGAACCAGAACAUCCGCGGCAAUGUCAAGUUUACCACUAUCUCCACGGACACUAUUCCACCGGGAUCAGUGCUCGAUAUUAGCCAAAUCGACCCUCGAAUCCGGGACUUAUUAUCGAGGCGGGGCAUCUCCGGCGCGCCAGGAACCCCUCCUCCUGGACUUGGAGGACGAAAUAAUGAGGCGGAUGAAAAGGAGUCCAGCGAAUUGGACGAGUUGCAACAGAGAUUAAAGGAGGCCCAGCUCAGUCCGGAGGCUCAGAAGAUUGCGGAGAAAGAGAUGCGGCGGCUUCGGAAGAUGAUGCCUAUGAAUCAGGAAUACGGAGUUGUGCGGACGUACCUCGAAAAUCUUGCGGAUAUCCCGUGGACCAAGGCGACUGAAGAUAGACUCGGACCGGAGACGUUGAAAGCAGCGCGGAAGCAACUAGAUGAUGACCAUUACGGUCUCGAAAGGAUCAAGAAGAGGCUUCUCGAGUAUCUUGCUGUUCUGAGGUUGAAGCAGUCGACGAACCAAGAUCUGGAGCAGCAAAUCAGCUCUUUGACAAGAGAGUUGGACAAUUCUGGUGGCGACAUCGAGAAGGAUAUCCCGUCUCUCCCAGAGUCGGAUCGCGCUGCAAUUGAGUCAAAGCUGAAUGCACUAACGUCUAGGCGGACGGUAGACAAAUCUCCCAUUCUGCUUCUUGUUGGACCCCCUGGUACCGGAAAGACCAGUCUGGCGAGGUCUGUUGCGACUGCUUUGGGCCGCAAAUUCCAUAGGAUUUCCCUUGGUGGUGUUAGGGACGAAGCUGAAAUCAGGGGACAUCGAAGAACAUACGUUGCUGCCAUGCCUGGCGUAAUUGUCAAUGGUCUUAAGAAAGUCGGCGUUGCGAACCCGGUGUUCCUGCUCGAUGAGAUCGACAAGAUCGGUGGUGCUAAUUUCCAGGGAGAUCCUUCAGCAGCGAUGCUUGAAGUCUUGGAUCCUGAGCAGAACCAUACCUUUGUCGAUCAUUACAUCAACAUCCCCAUUGACUUGAGCAAGGUCCUGUUCAUAGCGACGGCUAACUCGCUGGAUACCAUUCCUGCUCCUCUCCUCGACCGAAUGGAGACAAUUCAGCUGUCCGGGUACACAACUGUCGAGAAGAGGCAUAUUGCUAAGAGACAUCUUAUUCCUAAACAAGUCCGAGCGAAUGGACUUUCGGAUGCCCAGAUUGUCCUGUCGGACGAUGUUAUCGAUAAGACCACCACCUCUUACACUCGCGAAUCCGGUGUCCGCAACCUCGAACGGGAGCUCGGUUCGAUCUGCCGCUACAAGGCUGUUCAGUAUGCAGACGCGACUGACAGUGCCAAGGCCGAGUCCUACAAUCCUGUCGUUACCGUUGACGACCUGGAAGAGAUCCUCGGAAUCGAGCGCUUCGAUGAGGAAAUUGCCGAGGAGCACGGCCGCCCAGGUGUUGUAACCGGCCUAGUCGCCUACUCGACCGGCGGACAAGGAAGCAUCCUCUUCAUUGAGGUUGCCGACAUGCCAGGAAACGGCCGCGUCCAACUCACUGGCAAACUAGGAGAUGUCCUUAAGGAAAGUGUCGAAGUUGCUCUUACCUGGGUCAAGGCUCACUCCUUCGAGCUCGGCCUAACUUCCGAUCCCAACGAGAACAUCAUGAAGAACCGCAGCUUGCAUGUGCACUGCCCUUCGGGUGCCAUUCCCAAGGACGGUCCUUCUGCUGGUCUCGCACACACCAUCGGUCUGAUCUCGCUAUUCUCGGGCAAGGAAGUUCCGCCAAAGCUUGCAAUGACCGGCGAAGUCUCUCUCCGUGGACGCGUAAUGCCUGUUGGUGGUAUCAAGGAAAAACUCAUUGGGGCACUGCGGGCCGGUGUAACCACUGUCCUUCUACCUUAUCAAAACCGUAAGGAUGUCAAGGACGUUCCGGCGGAGGUUAGCAAUGGCCUUGAAAUCAUAUAUGUCAAGCACAUUUGGGAGGCUAUCCGACAUGUCUGGCCUGAUGCCCACUGGCCGGGCCAGCACCACAUGAACUUCGUCGAGAGUCGUCUAUGA